AUGGCUUCAGCUACCUCUCUUCCUAAAUCACCAAAUGUAAAUCUAUCCACCACUUCACUCAAAUCACUUUCCAAUUCUAUAAAUAAAAAUAAAUCGGAUUCGGAAGAAGUUCCUGAACAAAUUGUUCACAAGGAUGAAGCAUUGCAGCCACCAUCUUCUAAACGAUCGAGAGCCUGGGCUGUUUGGAGUUCUUCGAAACCACAAACAAAUGCUACAAACGAUGUGACAAAUCCCUCCAAAAAAAUACCAAAUGAGGAUCACGAACGUUCACAAAGCCCUUCUGGAGAUAGAGCUCCAGAAGUACCUGAGACCUUAAAUCCAGAAGAUAAGGGAACAACAUGGUCAUUUUGGCCCAAAUCAAACCAUGUAGGUACAGAAAAGCAUAGCAAUGUCGUUCCAGAGACAGACUUAGAUGCCGUGAUAAAUACACUAAUACCGCCUACCUCUGAAAAGGAUACCUUAUUAUCCGAAGUUGAACCGGGUCCGGACUUUCAAACACCCAAUAUUAUGGUACCCGAUUUUGAAAUAUUACCAAAACAAACAAUCUGGUCAUCCUUAACCAAAUUGUUUUCGUUCCAUGACAGUGAACAAAAAUUCUUAUCGAGGACGGAUAUGCACUCCAAGUUGCAGGAAUUAACGACAGGCGAGCAGAGACCCUUAAAAAUUCUUAUUGUGGGGGUUCAUGGCUUUUUCCCUACCAAAAUGAUAAGACCAUUCAUUGGUGAACCUACUGGAACAUCCACCAAGUUCAUUAAAGAAGCUGAACAAAUCGUGAAAAGUUAUUUUCAAAAACAAGGACAAGAAAUAGAAAUUAGUAAAAUUGCAUUGGAAAAGGAAGGUGAUAUAUUUGAAAGAGUCGAUUUUUUCUUUGAAAUAAUGAAAAAUUGGUCUAAAGAAAUUAAUGAGGUCGAUUUCAUAUAUUUUGUCACCCAUUCUCAAGGAUGUCCUGUGACUGUGAUGCUCCUGUCCAGAUUAAUUGAGGCAGGCAUAAUAAACAUGGAUAAUUCAAAAUUCUUUAAUGGCAUUGAUUCUGGAUUCACUUCACGCAAAAAAAUAAUUUCAUUAUUAGCCAUGGCUGGUAUUAACAAUGGGCCUUUUUAUGGAGCGGAUCAAACAUUGUUUGUUAGAGCGUACCAAACAAUAGAAAGAGAUUCAUUAAGAGAGUUAUUUGAGUUUCAAAAAUUUGAUUCUAUUCAAUCCAAAAAAUUUCUUAAUGGGUUGAGAGUUAUCAUUGCGAAUAAUGUAAAAAUUACGUUUGUUGGGUCUAUUAAUGAUCAAUUAGUUCCUCUAUAUUCUUCAAUGUGUCUCUUUGCAGAUCAUCCCAAUAUUUUCAGAACCACGUUUAUUGAUAAAGCAUCAAUGACACCAUCUUUUAUAAUGCGUAUCGUAAAGAUUGCCGGGACUCUAAUAAACUUGGGACAUGAUGACCAUGGAAUUAUUAAAGAACUCAGUGCGUCUUUAGCUGGACCUUUAACUGGAGGGGGGCAUUCUACCGUUUAUAACGAAAGACAAGUUUAUGAAUUAGGGAUUAAGUUUGCUCUAGAAACGACUGACACACUUACUAAUAUACCUGUCACUUAUAAGCCGUUUAAACUUUCAGAACUAGGUACAAACCCCUAUCAUUUACCCUGGUCAAUGAGAGGACUUAUUUUUGAAACAAAGAAAUAUAUAGGUGAUGAAGAAAUCAAUUUGCUUUAUAAGGAAUUUGAAGACUGGAAACCAGAAACGAAACAAUUGAAGGAUAUAAAAUAUAGACUAAAUGGGAUACGGUACAAACUUUAA